UCUCGAGCAGAGAAAAGUCUUCUCCACGUCUGCCACUGGAAAUCCUUUAACUGGAGAUGCCAGAGACUGAACCCAGGACUACUAGCUUGCAAGGCGUGGGCUCCAAAUCUGAUCCCCAAGGUACUUCGCAGCCGAUGUUAUUAGUGCCCAGGAUGUUUGUGCUGUUGUAUGUCACCAGCUUUGCUUUCUAUACAAGUGGACAAGCUCUUCACAGCCAGGUUAAAGGGGAAAAUUUUUCUUCAAGAUAUAUCUGUAGCAUCCCGGGACUGCCAGGCCCCAUGGGUCCCAUUGGAGUCAGUGGGGUGCCCGGGCCCCACGGCCGUAUUGGGAUCCCAGGACGGGAUGGGAGAGAUGGCCGGAAAGGAGAAAAGGGUGAGAAAGGAAAUCCAGGUUUAAGAGGAAAGACGGGUCCAGUAGGAGCACCUGGAGAGAAAGGAGACCAAGGGGAGUCUGGUAAAAAAGGACCUCCAGGAAUGGGGGGUGCUAAAGGCGAUGUGGGUUCUGUGGGUCCAGCAGGCCCAAAAGGAGAUAAAGGAGAACAAGGAGAACCUGGUGCACCAGGAGUGUGUAAGUGUGGGAAAAUAGUCCUGAAAUCUGCCUUUUCUGUUGGGAUCACCACGAGCUACCCAGAGGAGCGAUUACCAAUUAUCUUCAAUAAAGUUCUCUUCAAUGAAGGGGGCCAUUACAACCCUUCAACCGGGAAGUUUAUAUGUGCUAUCCCAGGGAUCUAUUACUUCUCUUAUGACAUCACUUUGGCCAAUAAGCAUCUUGCAAUUGGCUUGGUUCAUAACGGGAAGUUCCGGAUAAAGACGUUUGAUGCUAACACAGGAAACCACGACGUAGCUUCUGGGUCAACGGUGAUGUACCUUCAGGCAGAGGAUGAGGUAUGGCUUGAGAUUUUCUACACUGAUCAAAAUGGCCUGUUUGCUGAUCCCACAUGGGCAGAUAGUUUGUUUUCAGGAUUCCUCUUGUAUGUCGAUACAGACUAUCACGAUGCCCUUUCAGAUGAUGAUGAGCUGUGAUAGCUGAGAUGUCUAAGGAGCAUCUCUAAGUGGACACAGGACAGUGAAUGGGAUCUGGUCUGCAAUGUCACCAAGACAAAGCAAUAAAUGACGAUUUGGGAUUUUAUUUGGGACAAGGCACCCACAGUUGAAGACUAAUUGUCAAGCAUAUGUUGCAUCCACGGGUCUUUUUACCAAACAGGAGGUUCAGCCAUCUGAAAUGUAUAUAA